AUGAGCCAGCAGGAUGCGGUCGCUGCGCUUUCAGAACGCCUUCUCAUAGCCGCAUACAAAGGCCAAGCAGAGAAUGUGGUUCAGCUCAUCAACAAGGGCGCCAAGGUAGCGGUUACCAAGCAUGGCCGGACCCCCCUGCAUCUUGCUGCCAAUAAGGGUCAUCUUUCUGUGGUCCAGAUCUUGCUGAAGGCUGGCUGUGACCUCGAUGUCCAGGACGAUGGGGACCAGACCGCCUUGCACCGGGCCACAGUGGUGGGGAACACUGAGAUCAUCGCGGUGCUCAUCCAGGAGGGGUGUGCCCUGGACAGACAAGACAAGGACGGGAACACGGCCCUGCAUGAAGCGUCCUGGCACGGUUUCAGCCAGUCGGCCAAGCUGCUCGUUAAAGCAGGAGCCAACGUGCUUGCCAAGAACAAGCUGAGGGCGGGGAACACGGCUCUGCACCUGGCCUGCCAGAACAGCCACUGCCAGAGCACACGCAUCCUCCUGCUGGGCGGGUCCCGCGCCAACCUCAAAAAUAAUGCAGGCGACACCUGUUUGCACGUUGCUGCGCGCUAUAAUCACUUGUCCAUCAUUAGGCUCCUCCUCAGUGCUUUCUGUUCUGUCCAUGAAAAGAACCAGGCUGGAGACACAGCACUUCAUAUUGCUGCUGCCCUAAAUCACAAGAAGGUGGUUAAAAUCUUACUGGAAGCUGGAGCAGAUGGGACCAUUGUUAACAAUGCAGGCCAGACACCACUGGAGACUGCCCGCCACCACAAUAAUCCAGAAGUUGCUCUGCUCCUCACUAAAGCUCCGCAGGUCUUGCGCUUCAGUCGUGGGCGAAGCCUGAGGAAAAAGAGAGAGAGGCUCAAGGAAGAGAGGAGAGCCCAGUCUGUGCCAAGAGAUGAGGUGGCACAAAGCAAGGGAAGUGUCUCAGCAGGAGACACCCCCAGCAGUGAACAGGCUGUGCUCAGAAAAGAGGAGGCCAGAGAAGAUUUCCUGUCAGCCUCGCCUGAGCCCAGAGCCAAGGAUGACAAGAGCAGAAGGUCACGGCCCAAGGUGUCAGCAUUUUCCGACCCCACUCCCUCAGCAGACCAACAGCCUGGACACCGGAAGAGCUCUCACGCUCACAGUCACCCUAAAAAGAGGGGCAGGCACCGGUGCUCAUCCCCGCCCCCGCCCCACGAGUUCAGAGCGUACCAGCUGUACACGCUGUACCGCGGCAAGGACGGGAAGGUGAUGCAGGCCCCAAUAGAUGGUUGUCGAUGUGAACCUCUCAUCAACAAGCUGGAGAAUCAGCUGGAGGCCACUGUGGAGGAGAUAAGAGCAGAGCUGGGGGCGGUUCAGGACAAAAUGAACACAAAGCUGGGGCAUAUGGAAAAUAAGACCCAGCACCAAAUGCGCGUUCUGGAUAAGCUGAUGGCAGAGAGACUCUCCGCAGAGAGGACGGAAUGCCUGCACCGCCUGCAGCAGCACGCAGACACGGAGAAGCACGAGGGAGAGAAACGACAGAUGUCCUUGGUGGAUGAAUUAAAAACCUGGUGCAUGUUAAAGAUUCAGAAUCUGGAGCUGAAGCUUUCAGGAGAUUCUAGGGCCUCCAGAGCUAAAUCCACACCAUCUACUUGCGAGUCUUCUACAGGUGUGGAUCAAUCAGUGGUGACUGCAGGUCCAGUGGCAGCUUCUGACAGUUCCCCUCAGGUGGUUAGGCCCAAGGAAAAGGCCCAAAACUCUACAGCUACUCACAGACUGCAGCAGGAGCUGUCUUCCUCCGACUGUACAGGCUCCCGACUGAGGAAUGUCAAGGUCCAGACAGCUUUGCUACCUUUGAAUGAGGCAUCCAAAUGCGAUCAGCAGGCUGGGCCCUGCGUCAACAGAGGCACCCAAACCAAGAAGUCUGGGAAAAGUGGGCAGACAAAGCAUCGAGCCCAGCAACCAGCCCCCAGCAACACCUGUGGGCAGCCGCCACCAGCAGCCGGCAGUGAGCCGCCUGCCCCUCACGCUCGAGACACCUCCAAAGCUCUGGAGCUUACCCAGUAUUUUUUUGAGGCUGUGUCUACCCAGAUGGAAAAGUGGUAUGAAAGGAAGAUUGAAGAAGCACGAAGCCAAGCCAGUCAGAAAGCCCAGCAAGACAAGGCUACACUGAAGGAACACAUUAAAAGUUUAGAAGAAGAACUUGCUAAACUAAGGACUAAGGUGCAGAAGGAAAAUUAGCACCUGAAAAGUGGAACAAGAAAGGAUUCUUGAGGAUUUCUGGUUUUAGAACUGUAGAAUAGCUAUGCCCAAGGAGUCAAUUAUUGUGUACAUAUAGCGAACUUGUCUUUAAAAAAAAAAUCACUAAUUUCUAAAAUGUGCCAGAUACAUGCUUCCUAUAUCCUGAAGUGACGAAGACUUCCACAAUUAAACUGAAACCAGAGGAAGCUUGAUUAGUUUCAGGUUUCAUUAUAAACUCUAAAUCUCAGGCCAGGUUCAUCUGAAGUUCAAAAGCUCAGAUUAAGCAAGCCACACUAAAAAACUGAAUGAUGUGUAAACCUAAACCCUAAAAUUCAGGAUGUAUGAAAUAAUGUAAGUCAAAAGAAAGAAAAAAAUUAAUCCCUUGUGAACUCAAGUAGUCAUUCAUAUAAAUUUGAACACACCUGCUGUGCCUCGACAACAGUGUCUUUCUAGAAGAGAGCUAUAACUCUGAGACAAGCUAAACUCUCAAAUUCAUAAUUUUCAGAAUGUUGACAUUUUAACCUGGUAAAAACUUAUGAAACAGAUUUUUUAAAAACUCCUGGAAACAUGAAUUAUCAAACAGAUUUUAAGGAGAAAAGAAAUUUUCAUGAUGUCACAAGAUCCACUAUAUCUUAAAAUUUUUUUUGAAAAGUCAGAGUUUAGGCUGGCUGGUUUGCUCAGUUGGUAAGAGUGCAGUCUUGUAACACCAAGGUCGUGGGUUCAGAUCCCCAUAUCACCAGCCGCCAAAAAAAAAAAGUUUAUGCAAGUAAUGAGUAGUUGGCUAACAGUCCUGGAAGUGUUUGUUCAUGAGCUCAGCCAAAUAAAUAAAUAGCUCAGAUGAGAAACAUUCAAAUCAUGAGAUCAUGGUUUCUAUAUUUUUCAGCCAAAAAAUCAUUGAUUAGUCAUAGUGGUUUUAAAGCAGAGUAGCAGAAAAACAUUCACAAAACAAUUACCUGAAACUAAUCUUUUUUUUCUUUUUUUUUUGGCAGCUAGCCAGCACAGGGAUCCGAACCCUUGACCUUGGUGUUAUAACACCGCACUGUAACCAACUGACCUAACCAGCCAGCCCAACCUGAAACUUCUACAAACUAUUCCUAAUCAAACCCAAUUAUCUUAGAGUAUACCUUUCUGAAUAUAGACAUAUUGAUUUACAUUUUAUAAAGAAAUAAGGCUGUUUCUUGAAAAUAUUUUGAGUUCUGUCAUUGAAGAACCACAAAAGCUUUCCACUGCUUUGCAUUGACUAUGUCAAGGUAAAUAAUUCAGUAAUUCAAUUUAGACCACACUGUUCCCAGCUUCAUGAGCCCUGAAGACUUUUACUUUGCUCCAUAAUAAAAUAUAAACACAGAAACAAAGUUGUAAAAGUAGUCUGAGUAUGUUGAAAGUUUCAAUUUAAUUAUCUUCUAAGCUUUUUAUCCCUUGGAAUGUGGGAUUAUAUUCAUAAUUCCAUGUAUGCAUAGAAACUUCAAUUCUAUUUCUAUAAACACAGUAAUAAUUGUCCAUAACUGUGAAUAAAAUGCUGCUCGUUGAGCCAAAGAGAAAGUAAUAACUUCUUGACAGAGGAACACCAAGAAAAACAAAGUAUGCUUUUAGUCCCUUUGUUAAGCCCAGUUUUGGGCUUUUUUUACAGUGACAAUCCAUGGAUACAGACAGAAAAAGUAAUUCAGAUGUAACUGAUACAUAACUUGAAUAUGAAUAUGACAUUAUCUCAAGUUGAUUUUCAUGUAUUUAUGAGCCUGUCUGGUUUCUCAACUACUAUGUAGGUAGAUAGUCUUGCCCCCAGGGAUUCUUGUUGGAUUGCUAAUAUUUAAGGCACUUUCCUCUUUUCAGUUCCCUAUUUGUUCCUAAUGCAGAAUCAGAGUUAUAGAGGUAGAUGGUAUCUUUUUAAAACCUACUCCCAACAGGAUAUCACUAAACUUUUUAGAAUUAUUCCUCAGUAUGUAUCAAUUUAUUGAGAACUGCAUAAUACUGAAAAUGAAAUCCUGAGUUCAGUAGGUUGUGUUCCAAGCAGGAGUUAUGUUUAUGUAUCAAAAUAUCUCCUAUUACCUCAAGAUAUCCUUGUCAAGAAAUGCUGAAACAAUUAAAUUUUAAUGUAACUAUCAAGUCUAGACCGUAGAGUGCUUUGUGGGAGUAUUUUGAUUACCUCCUACCCAUCAGAAGCAGGCAGCUUAUUAUUGUGAACUAGAUAAUUUUGUCAAAGGGCACAGUUAGGGGAGAGACUAGGGAGGAAAGACAAAGGUCAAAUAGACCUAGUUUAGCGGUCUGCAUGGCUCUUGCCUCUUGGUAGUCUGUUACAGAAGAGAAAACCAAUGGAGGCAAAAAAGAGGGUUGGUAAGUCUCCUAACAGAGAGGUGGCAACAUCUCAAUUAAAACCAAUGCAAUAGCUUUUUAUUUUCAAAAACUGUGUUUGAUCUGUUUUUGUACCUUGGCAUCGGCAAAAACUUUACAAGUCCAGUGUGUAUUUUUCCUUAUUUUUCUUUUUUAGCUAUCUGCUAAAAUGAGUAAAUGCCACAGCUGUACUUUUCCAAAGAAACUGAACUACUAACAAUUUAUAGCCUGUCAUGUAGGUCAUGUUUCAAAUUGAGGCUGAAACUUCCAAUAGCUAUGGAAAAAAAUGAUGUAAAACACAGAAAAGUUGUACGUUAUUGCAGGUUUUUUUUAAUUGUUAGUCCAUUAUUGCGUUGAGUACACUAAAUAUCUGUGAGAGACUGAAUAUAUUAGUUCUAAUCUUACUUUUGACUUUGGGAGCCCAAAAUAAAGGAAGCGUUUUCAUGUUUCUACCUUUUUUGAGUCAAAUGUUGAUAUACUUGAGAGGUAGGUUAUUUGCCUUCUAUUUAAUAUUUUUAUCACCUUACAUUCAUGUAUUUUCCAAGCAUUAGACAUUGUUCUUAAUGCUAUGGAUCUUAAAUUCCUUACUAAAAAUAUGAAAAUGUGGAUACCUCAUUUAGCCUAUCGUGUUUUCAUUUGUUGUGGAUAACCAAAUUUUAUGGUUCCUGAAAGAGUACCUUCACCCAGCCAUACUUUACCUUGUGUCUAUAAAAGUGUUAUUUAGAGUAAAUACAGCUGCUUCAAAGUCAAGAUCAGGUGCACCUCAUCAAAACAAAACUGCUAUAAUGUGGCAAGAUUUCUCAGUGCAACUUAAACAAAUGAUUAAACUGGUGACCAUUCGGAAAAUACUGGACAAAGGGGAAGGACAGAACAGUAUGUAAUAGUUAGCAUGCAAGCCAAGGUAACAUGUUUUUUGACUAAUAAAUUGUUCCUAAAAAUUAAA